AUGGCGCUACGACUCUUCCUCGUCGUCUCCCUGGCGAUCUUUGCUCUGACGACAGUGUGUACCUAUAACCAAAAUAGAAGCUGCAAACCGGGACGGCCCUUCAUGAGAAAGUGUAACAUCUGCUGGUGCGCCUCUGAUGGAACUCCUGGGGGCUGCACCAACUACAAGUGCCCCGAUGAUGUUGCAGCAGUCGCUAGUUCCAGUGCGUUGUCUGAUUCGCGCAUCGUCGGAGGGAAAAAGGUGCAGCCCGGCGAAAUCCCGUACCAGGCGCUGAUGGUGUCUGACUACUCAUCGAUUUGCGGUGCAUCGCUCAUCUCCAAGUCCGCCGUCCUCUCUGCGGCACAUUGCGUCGAAGAUUUCCAUACGUUUCAAGUGACGCUGGGGACCAUCAAACUGUACUCCUUCGACUGGGAGGACAACUUGGUACGCAUUUACAGCCGCGAGGGUGUAGUCCACCCUUCCUACAGUAGCGUGUCUCUCAAACAUGACGUGGCUGUUGUCCUCCUGAAACCCGAAGUAGCCCUAAGCUCGUACAUCCAAUUAGUGGACCUGCCUUCAUAUUCGAUUGCUAAUGAGACAUUUGCAGAUUAUAAAGCCACUGCUUCUGGUUGGGGCAGAACAGCAGACAAAUCUGCAGUCUUGUCAGACAGCUGGAAUAAAAUUGCAAGAAGCAGCAGCAGCAGCAAAGAAUCUGCAGAAGAAGAAGGCUACCUUGUGGAUGGCACUUCGGCAUAUCUGCAGAAGGUAACGUUGGACAUCAUCUCCAAUGAGAAAUGUUGGAAGUACUACGGUAGGAUGUCGGUGACUUCAUCCAUUCUAUGCGCCCAAGGAGACAAAAACAGGAGCACAUGUAAUGGAGACAGCGGCGGUCCUCUCACGGUCGACCACAAUGGAGGACACAUACUCGUCGGCGUGGUCAGCUUCGGAUCCGUUAGGGGUUGCGAACAAGGAAUUCCAGUUGCCUUCACCCGAGUCACCAGUUAUCUGACGUGGAUCGAAUCAGCAGCCGGUAUGAAGAUCAAUUCGACACAGUAG